UUGGAAGAUGUUAGGUCCGGAGGAGAGAUGGGGACAAUAACUAAAACCUUUUCACUAUACUGUGUUUGAUAGCGUAUAUAAAUCAAUUUCUCAACUAAUACAGGCACAAUUCGAAAAGAUUUUUAUGGAUAAACACCUAGUAAUCUUAAAAUGCGUAAGUAUUGUUCCAAAACCAAACUUCCACAAGAUGUACAGAAAGUAAAAAUAAGUUCAUUUUUUAAAAGACUAUACAAAAAAUAUUAUAAAGCUACAUUUGUUGGUUUUAGGUCUCAUGCAUAAAACUACAGAUGAAAACAGCUAUAAUAACCCUAGAGUUGAACCUCAUUUUUACGUAAUUAGCUAGUAUGCAAUAAGACCAUUUGAUUGGCUGUUAAGAUUCAAUUCUAAUGACCACUAAGGAAGUGCCAGCAGCACCUGAUAUUUACGUAGGCCCCACCCCUUUGACGUAAAUAUAAGAAUUAACCAAUAAGAUUCUGGCACUAGAAGAGCCUUCAUUUGCAUGUGAGCUCUAUAAACAGCGCAGAGCGAACCCUGUUUCAACACUUUUGGUUUCCUCCUGUUUGGUUUUGCUACCAAAAUGCCGGACCCAGCGAAAUCUGCUCCUGCUCCGAAGAAGGGCUCCAAGAAAGCUGUAACUAAAGUACAGAAGAAGGACGGCAAGAAGCGCAAACGCAGCCGCAAAGAGAGCUACUCUGUGUACGUGUACAAGGUCCUGAAACAGGUGCAUCCCGACACCGGUAUCUCAUCUAAAGCCAUGGGGAUCAUGAAUUCUUUCGUAAAUGAUAUUUUUGAGCGCAUCGCGGGCGAGGCGUCCCGCCUGGCGCACUACAACAAGCGCUCCACCAUCACCUCUCGGGAGAUCCAGACGGCCGUGCGCCUGCUGCUGCCUGGGGAGCUGGCCAAGCACGCCGUGUCCGAGGGCACCAAAGCCGUCACCAAGUACACCAGCUCCAAGUCAGUUGCCAUCACUCACCAAGCACUUGCAGGUCCAGCUCCAGGCUGCGCUUAAGGACCUUUCCAUUAUCUGUGACUGCCUCACACCAGUAAAAGCCGGAAUCUUCCCUUUUGGCAUUUAGAAUCUGGUA